AUGGAAGGCUCUGCUAUCCUAUCGUACUUGACAAGGCACUACGAUCCCGAGCACAAGUUGAGCUUUACGAACGAUCCGGAGCUUAGUCAAUGCGAACAAUGGGUUGCAUGGCAGCAUGGUGGGCUAGGACCGAUGCAAGGACAAGCCAACCACUUCUACCGCCUUGCGAAAGAACGCAUCCCAUACCCAACCCAACGCUACGUAGGCGAGACCGAACGACUCUACGGCAUCCUCGACAGUCGUCUCGCCAAUCACGAGUAUCUCGUGGGCGAAAAGUACAGCAUAGCCGACAUCGCCAACUUCUCCUGGGUGAACGUCGCAUACUUCGCAGGCGUACAGCUCCACGACUUCCCGAAUCUGUAUAAGUGGUGGGAGAGGAUCAACGCAAGACCGGCUGUGCAGCGAGGAACCGCUAUACCAGCCAAGAGUGAUAUUGUAAACGAAAGAUAUCAGGAGCGGCUGAAGGAGGAUUCCGAGUUCAAGCAGAAGGAGGAUGAUUUGGCGGACAUUGGUAAGAAGGCGAAAGAGCAGUACAACUACAAAUACUCGAGUCCGUAG